AUGAAGAAGCCUACGGUCCUGUUAGGUGAGCUUAGCGGGUUUUGGUUGAUGUCAAGUCGGAACCUUAAAUUUUUACGUGUUGGGUUGCCAUUUUUCUCAAUUGUUCUUGGUGGCGCUUACGGUCUACAUUACUUUCAACAAGUCCGGUACGAUUUUCGCAAACUGAGACAGCAGGACUCCAACCUUGAGCAUCUGAGAUCUGAAUUGGAAAAAAGCGGUCUUAAUCUUCGUAAAGACGUAACAGUCGAUAGCGUCUACAAGGAGGUAGCAGUUCUUGAUACGGAGAACUGGGAAAAUAUCAGAGGGCCUCGUGAGGACGAAGACAUCAAGGAGUAUCUGAGGGUCAACGUAAGCAAGAACUUGAUGGCUGAGCAGAUUCCCGAGGAUCAGCUUCCGAGAGCUCCUUCCAGCGCGAAUCUUGACAUUAGUGAUAAUCCGCCAGAACCUGAUAACGCUUCCAUUCGUGCUGAAAGAGGUUUGCUUUCUUUUUUGGAAAGUUGGUGA